GUGACUAUGGAGGGAGAAUCAUAUCACAAGUCAUGCUUCAAGUGUGCUCACGGUGGCUGUCCCCUUACACAUUCAUCAUAUGCUGCUCUUGAUGGAAUUCUAUACUGCAAACACCAUUUUCAGCAGCUCUUCAUGGAGAAAGGAAACUACCAGCACAUCAAAUCUGCGCAUAGGAGAAGUGGUAGUAAUGUGGAAGCUGUCGAGGAGGAGACAGGGACGAAGUCAGGGGAGAAGGAGCCGCCAAAGGAGACGGCAACAGAAACUGAACGAGUGGAAGCUGAUCACUUAGAAGAGCGUCCCUAA